UGCGCCAGUCUCAAGUGGAAUAAACAGAAAAUGAGGAUCGUAUUUUAUUUACUGCUGAUGCUGGCAGUGGGACGAUGCACAAAAAAACCAAACUUUGAGACAAAGACUGUUGGUGUUGGAGUUUCUGUGGAGCUGACAUGUCCCCGCAAGUCUUCGGGAAGCUUGUUUUGGAUCAGGAUUGAUUCUGGAGACUUUCAUGAAGUUUUAGGAAAGACAUUUAGCCUUAAGAGUAAUGAUCGCAUCACUGCUACAGAAGAGCGUGAACUAUUUGUUCUACAUAUUCAAGAAGCAAAGCUAAGUGAUGCUGCGGUCUACUACUGUAUUCAAAUAAGCAAACAGAACAUCAUAUUCCUGACACAAACUGACCUAAGAGUUAAAGAACCUGAAAGCACUGCAGUUUCUCCAACUGAUCCAGUCCGUCCUGGAGACUCUGUGACUCUGCAGUGUUCAAUACUGUCCGACUCCGGGAACAAAACACGACCAGAAGAACAACAUUUGUGCUGUUUCAAGGCUUUUAAUCAAAGUUUGAAUAAUACUGGAGGAAACGUUGUUGAAGUACAUGAAAAGGAACCAGGUGGACCCUCAAAAAAGAAAUGUGUCUACAGCUUCUACAAGACAUGUCACUGCGAUGUGGCCACAUGUGAGGACAUCAUUUCUGGAAAUAGAUCAGAACUCAACACUACAGAAACUGAAGGGGAAAUCCUGUGGUGUUUGCAACAACAGAUGAUGACUCGUUGAUUUAUUCUGCACCAACCUUCAUCAGAAGGAAAUCUAGCAAAGGGACUGGGGGUGCAAAAGCAAUGAAAGAAGAGUGUAUCUACACUGAUGCCCGGGCUCUUAGGUUGGCUUGAUGGUGUAAUACUGGAUUUGCUAAUCUUUGCAGAUGCAAUAUUUAUUUUCAUUCUGUUCAAGAAAGGUACUAGCCCCUAAUGUCAUUAAUCCAAUUAAUAUAUUGGAUUGUAUUGUGUGUAUAUAUUUUGCACACAUAAGUAAUCUUCAUGACACAAAAGUAAUAUAAAAGCUACUGUAAGCUUGUGUAGAUAGACAUACUGUAUACUGUAGGGAUACAUAUUUGUUUCAUUGUGAGUUAUCAAAGUUGUGAACAACAACUUGCAUCAUAAAAUGUCAAGUCUUUAAAUGUACAUUUUCCAAAUCUGUGUACUGUCUGUGUCAAUGCUAUGUAAAGAUAAUUGUGUAUUGCUUUUUUCCUAAUAAAUAAUUGAAUUUU